AUGAACAACAAUUCUGAAGAUAAGAAUCAAGAUUAACAGGAGGAGCCUAUGACAGAAGAAGAGAGACGUUUUGCUGAGGAGUUGGAUUAAAAAAUUUCGAAUGCAUAACAAAAAUUGGAUUAAUUAGGAUUAACUGAGAGUAGAAUCAGUUGGUUGUAAGAUACGAUCAAAAAGAGAUAAGAAGAGAAUCCAAUGACAGAUGAAGAAAAGAAGGAGAAGUUUUAAUAAAUGGCAGAUAAAGCUAUUGACAUACCUUCAAUUGAUAGAUAAGGCAGAAAGAUUUUUACAUUAGAGGAGACAUUAAAUAAUUAUAAUAAUGCUUGGGGGAUCUUAAAAUACAGAGAAUUACCAAUCUGUUGGAGCAAUUUAAAGGAUAAAAUAAUAUUCACAUUGCCUAUGACAUUUAUGGCUGCGUACACGUAUGAGGCUAUGCAACUGAAAAAGAUAAAUUUAAGUUUGAAAGAGAUGAAACUUAAAUUAUUAGGCCGAAGUUGGGGUGUAUUCUUUGUAAUUGGCACAACAUUUUGUUUAAUAGAUUCCCUAUAUUUCGAUGAUUUUUGGUAAAUGUCGAUAUUAUUAUAGUGA